AUGAAUGACCCCCUACGACCCGGUUUGCAGCCAGUCUCGCAUCUCAAGGCUGGACCGACCACCGCAAGCUCCAGGCCUACCGCGCUACUUUCCCCAGGGCAACCGCCUUUGACACGACCAUCCUCAAGACUACGAGCCCAACGACCACCCACUCGAGAUGAUAUGACUGAUGCUACGAGUAACAAGGCCACUACUGCCUUGAUUCGACGUGUCCUCUACACCCAGGCUGGCAGCGGCCACGGCGCAUCCUCUCCACAGCCUUCGGAAGAGCUGUUACCUCCCCUCACGAGCUCCAAUGACGUUGAUCGUCAGCUCUACGCCAUACUCGCUGUUAUAAUCAAAGAAUUUGUGUACUCGUGGUACACAAAGAUUACCCCUGACCAGGGCCUUGUCAAUGAGGUCCUCCAAGUCGUUGCACAUUGCACCCGCGCCCUGGAACAGCGGAUACGCCAGGUAGAUGUCACGCAGCUGGCCUUGGAUGAGAUUCCUGCCUUGGUGGAAGCACAUAUAUUCUCCUAUCGACUUGCCAAGGAAAGGUCACACCUAUCAGGACUACCAACGUCACAUCGUGGGUUAUACCACGAGCUGAACCCUCAUCCUGGGUUAUCACCAGUCCCGGAUCCCGCAGAUCCUGACACAGUCAACGCACAGGCUGAGAACGAAGCCGUAUAUCGGAGAUUACUUGCUAGCGGGACUCUUGCGGUUCUGCUGCCCACGGAAGAUUUGGAAAGUAGCAGCCUACGCCUGCUCGUGAGCGAUAUCCUAUCAGACUUGAUUCUAGGGAAAGAGGUUGCUGGUAGGGUCUGCCAAGGAUGGUUCUUAUGGGAUGCCAUCACCAAAGUUACGGAGGUAGUGAGACGCCCGAAAAGUUUAGAGAGCACAAUCUCCGCCAAUGAUGUCCCCCCAAAUCGACUCGAGAGAUUCGGGCUGCUCGCAGACAAAGACGAUUCGGCCAAAUCUCACGCAAGCGCUCAGCCUCGAGCCACCGCUUGGAUAUGGAGCGUUCUCCAGAAUAUCUAUCUUGGCUAUGUUGCCUUGCGUUUUAUCGCGACAGGUCUAUUCCGCGCCACAUCAGAUCCAAGGCAGGGAUAUUCGCACGGAGCCAGUGUUUCAUUUCCCGCUGCAACGCCAGGCCUUUCUAAGAAGGAGGGUGUCGACUCGUCAUCGUCAGACGGAGUUACAGCUAAACGCCCGGUCCUCGACUACCGAGUGUACUCGAUGAUCUCGCAACUUUUGGGUAUUUCGCGACGAAUGCCAUGGCUUUCCGGGAUAUUGUCCCUUGUUCAACAGCUCGUUCUGACCGGACCAGGCAGGCUCGGGGACACAGAUGGGAUUCUUGACAGAUUUCUUCGGGAAACCAUCGAGGAGUACAUCCUGCCCCCCACUUUGUUGCCCAACCUUCUUCUCAAUACACGGUCUGCGCUCUUUCCGGCCAAUGCCCGCCCAACUUCCCAAGCACCAGCUGGGAGUACUGGAGCAGCCCAAGGCCCAGCUCCGCAGGUGUCCGUGCAGCCCCCGACGCCGAGCGGAAAAUUCCCCCUCGCUACCACUGUGGUUACCCCUUCCGCGCCUUUUUCGGAAGGUAGCAGGGUUCCUGGACUGGGUGCAAAUAAUGCAGUUGGUAAAAACAAUAUUGGCAGUAGUAAUAGCAGCAGCAACAGCAGUAUUGGGGUUGGAGUUGGUAGUGGCGGUGAUCGUCUGCAUGCUGGUGUACCACCUCGAUCUUCCACAGUAUCACCCUCAUCGCCAACCAUUGCGAUAACAUUGGACAUUGAUACGGCCCAACGAGCUUCUACGGAGGUUUCAACCGGGCCAGUGAACAGAAUAGGCCCAUCUAUCUCGGAGAUCGCCGCUAUUAAGCGGCGAUGUGCAGCUAGUCUCCUGGCUGUGAUCCCGCUCAAUGUCGCACGAACCCUCUUCGGCGUUCCGCCGCCCUCCAGCAGUGAUCGUACCUGCAGCGCCGCCACUGGGAAAUCCUCCUCCAGUGAGCCGUCUCCACCGACAUCACUUGAUGAAGAUGGUGGGGGCCGUCCGAGAUCUUCAUUACAGGGCAAAGGAAGUGAUCUCUCAUCACAGGCGUCGCCAUUGCCCUCCUCUGUUACUCUAGACGGGCUAGCCAGUGAAAGUGGCGACUAUCCGGCGGCUCAGCGCACGGACGACCAGAACGAGGAGUCCAAUAUUGACCUGGAGGAGUUAUAUUUCCUCGAGGCCAUCGAAACAGAUCUAUUGGAUCUACUGGCGGACGAGUACUGUAAUAAGCACCUUGUGUACUCGAUCAUCGAGACUGUACUUGCUAGAGUGCUUCCUGAGCUGACUGAGCGCAGCGUCGAAGAUCUGAUGGAGGACCGUGGGGUUGCCCUGGUUCCCGGCGGCUUCUAA